GCCCAUAUAAUAAUAGACACAUGUCUCUUUGUCUAUGAUACAUGUACAAGUUGAUUAUAGAAUGGCAGUUGCAAAUGUCCCAGGAGCAGUAAAUACACAGUAUAGAGGCUAUGAUAAUGACUUUGUUGAAACAGUCCCUGAUCGAUAUGUGUGUAGUACAGUGUGUACCAAGGUGUUGAGAGACCCACACCUAACCUCUUGUUGUGGACAACAUUUUUGUGAGACCUGCCUCAACUACUGGUUUGAGAAGCAUCUUCAAAAAAGCUGUCCCCACUGCCGAGCCAAAGGGAGUGGUUUUAAUCAUUUUCUCGACAAGAAGCUUAAAAGAGAAAUCUCUGAGCUCAAGAUUUGGUGUAGCAACAGAGACAAGGGAUGCAAGUGGAGAGACGAACUACAGAACCUCGAGAAGCAUAUCAAGUCAGAUAAUGGGUGCGGUUAUGUCGAAGUGGAGUGCCCAAAUUGUUCUAUGAGUGAAUUCUCCUUCCAUAAAGAAUGCCCUAAAAUACUUCGAAAAGAUCUCGAUGAGCACAUGCAAAAUACUUGUGAAUACAGAUCAGUCACUUGUAUACAUUGCAAAGUAGAGCAAGAGCACUUCUAUCAGCUAUCCGACCAUCACAGCUAUUGCAAACAGUACCCAUGUCCCUGCCCUAACAAGUGUGGUACAGGAAACAUGCCUCGUAAAGACCUGCCUACCCAUCACAAUGAGUGCCCACUAGAGCCUCUUGAGUGCCCCUUUGCUGAGGCUGGAUGUGAGAUAAAGUUGGUGAGGAAUCAGCUUGACAAACAUCUAACAGACAACCAACAAACACACUUGAUUCAGCUUAUGACUGAAUAUAAGAAAUUGAAAAAAGUACAAAAAGAAACAGUUAAAACGCUUGAGGAGACUAAACGAGCUCAAACUAUAACCACAGAGAGACUAGAGUCUAUGCAGGAGGGAAUAUCUAGAGAGCUCCAAGAAGCCAAAGUAACAAGAGAUCUUGAGCCGGUUCUAAAAUCAAUCCAAACGAAGUUAGGAUCAUCACAAAACAAGAUUAAUGAUGAAGGCAUCGAGCAUGGGCUACAAUUUAGCAUUCCUGCUGAGAGCUAUUUCGAAGACAACAAAAAAUGGUAUAGCCCAACGUUUUAUGUGAGAGAUUUCAAGACAUGUGUACAAGUACGGUACAUACCACACUCUGGUCUAUUGGAGUGGGCACUAGUUGUAUUGGGGACUGAGAGAGGCAGGUGUGGAGAAAUAUUGCAAGGACAUAUCGAGGAUUCACUAAUUGAGUUUAAUCUGCCAUGUGUGAACAACCCUUCUGAAAUGUAUAUGCACAAUGUUCUCAAAAGAGACUGUGGAAAAAUAAAGUCAAAGCUUCAACCACUCAUACUAACCGUAUACAUAUGUGAAAUGAGUGCUGUGUCGUGUGGCACAUGUAUAUGGGAUUCCUGGAAGUAAGCAAACCUUAAACUUGAUGAUUACGGUGAUGUAGACAAUAUAGUUACCGAUGACGAACCUUGAACUCCUCUUGUUUCUUGUAAGUGUAGGCCAUCAUUUUCUUCUGCUCCUCCUCUGAGAACACUGGCUCCCUCCCCGGUGCACCUUGACCUUUCCUCUGUAGUUUAGCCACUAUCGUUGUCUUCUCGUUCCUUCCCAAAUAGUCUGAGAGUUUCUUGUCCCUAGCCAACGCCUUCCCAGCCCACCACAGCUGAGCACUGUCCUCCUCAAGCACCAGUGUGCCCGCCUAGUGUGUGUGUGUGUGUAGUGUAGAAUAAACAUGUUUGUGUGCUAUAUUUAAAAUCUCACACAUGUAUAUUAUAGCAGCUAGUGUGUGAUGACUUAAAUUGCUUUUUUGUAUUACUAUUUUGUACACCUCACUAUUAUUAUGAGAAAUUUACAUGCAACAA